GUGGGAUGCCCUUGUUCCCUCCCCCCGUUCCCUCCGCAAUACCAGCCAAGACAAUAGGAGGCGAGGAUGGCUCCGAGGGGGCCGGCUUUGCUCGGGUUUUGGCUGUUAUUUAUGCUGUUCUGGGGCGACCAGGUAUCCUGUGAGUAUGGCAUGGUCCACGCCUUCUCGGAGAAGGGGAGUGCCAAAGGCAAGGAUUACUGCAUCCUCUUCAACUCCCUGUGGGCUCCUCUGCCCCACGACUUGGGCAAAGCCUCCCUCCUGCAGCUGCAGAACCAGACGGUGUCGGUGUUAUGCUCGCCUUCCGACGUGCCCGAGGGCGGGUUUAGCAACACGAUCCCCAUGGUGAUGCGGGGCAACUGCACCUUCUAUGAGAAAGUGAGGCUGGCGCAGAUUAAUGGUGCGCGGGGACUUCUGAUAGUCAGCAGAGAGAGGCUGGUCCCCCCUGCUGGCAACCGGAGUCAGUAUGAAGAGAUUGACAUUCCCGUGGCCCUUCUGAGCUAUGCUGACAUGCUGGAUAUUGGCAAGAGUUUUGGCCGCUCCGUGAAGGUGGCCAUGUACGCUCCCAGCGAGCCGGUCUUGGAUUACAACAUGGUGAUCAUCUUUAUCAUGGCGGUGGGCACGGUGGCAGUCGGCGGCUACUGGGCUGGAAGCAGAGACGUGAAGAAGAGGUACAUGAAGCACAAGCGAGAUGACGGGGCUGAGAAGCAUGAAGAUGAGACGGUGGAUGUCAGCCCGGUCAUGAUCUGCGUGUUCGUGGUCAUGUGUUGCUCGAUGCUCGUCCUCCUGUAUUACUUCUACGACGAUCUAGUUUACGGCAUCAUCGGCAUCUUCUGCCUGGCUGCUUCAGUCGGCCUCUACAGCUGCCUCUCUCCGUUUGUCCGGCGGUUCCCUUGGGGGAAAUGCAGGGUUCCUGUUAACAACCUGCCGUACUUUCACAAGCGCCCCCAGGUCCGAAUGUUGCUCUUGGCUCUCUUCUGCAUCGCUGUCAGUGUGGUCUGGGUAGUCUUCCGAAACGAAGAUCAGUGGGCCUGGGUCCUCCAAGAUGCCCUGGGGAUCGCCUUCUGCCUUUACAUGCUGAAAACCAUCCGCUUGCCAACAUUCAAGGGCUGUACAUUGCUCCUCUUAGUCCUGUUUGUUUAUGAUGUCUUCUUCGUGUUCAUUACACCAUAUUUCACAGAGACUGGGGAGAGCAUCAUGGUGGAGGUGGCAGCUGGCCCGACCGACUCGGCCACUCACGAGAAGCUCCCAAUGGUGCUGAAGGUCCCGAGGCUUAAUUUCUCGCCACUGGCGCUCUGUGACAGGCCGUUCUCCCUUCUCGGAUUCGGGGACAUUCUAGUUCCAGGACUCUUGGUAGCAUACUGCCACCGGUUCGACAUCCAAGUCCAAUCAUCCAGAGUGUACUUUGUUGCCUGCACAACAGCCUACGGCAUCGGCCUCCUGGUGACCUUCGUGGCCCUGGCGCUGAUGCAGAAAGGCCAGCCGGCCCUCCUCUACCUCGUGCCGUGCACCCUCCUCACUAGCCUCGUCGUGGCCCUGUGGCGCAGGGAGCUGGGCAUGUUCUGGACGGGCAGUGGCUUUGCGAAAGAGCUACCUCAUCCUCCCUUGGUGAUCUCCCCCGUCAGCUGCCCCAAGCCCUCGAAGGAGGGGAAUCCGUUGGUGUCUCAGCCCGAAGCAGACGGGAAAAUGACCAACCCCACCCUCCACGCCGAAGAGCCAGACAACGCCCCGUCGUGCAGUGGCGAGCCGUCGGCCUCCUCCCCAGGGACGAAGGAGCAGACGGAGUCCAAUGAACAGGCGGAUCAGCCGGUCCCCCCCACGCCAUGUAUAGAAGAACAGACUGCUCAGGAGGACGGUACUCCCAAAAGCAAGAACCUCCCGGCAGAACCAAGUCAGUCUGAACCAAGUCAGUCUGACUAGGAAUGCCGGUUCCUCCCCGCCCAAUCUCUUCCACCUGUUUUUCCCUCUCCCUCCAUCACGGACUAACUCAGACGAAAACCAAGGACUGGUUUGGUCACACUGGCAUUUAGCACAGAAGCACGUCGCCUCCAAUCUGAUCACCCGGUGCCAGGAAAUCUCUGUUUCGGAGUUCAAGACACAGAUUAUCUCUCACAACUCCCCCCCCCCCCCGCUCCUCCCCCCCGAAUAUGGUGCUUAACGAAGAAGGUUCUGGUAGGACUUCAGCCGUCGCUUAGAACACGCCAGUUAGCGGAUGCCUUUGUUUUCCCUUCCCUGUUUCAUAACGCUGGGGUAGCAUUAUAACAUACUUUUUUAAACAAAACGUAGAGCAGUUAUUAUUUUCGCUUAGGCGUUGGCUGUGAUAUUAUUGCUUUAAGCCGUAGAGUUAGGGCGAGCAAGAAGAAAGAGAUGUUGGGCGUAAAUCCUCCUGACCCGUAGGUGUUUCCUGUUCUUUAAAAAUCACUCUUUCCCCCCCUUCUUCUGGGGAGGUUUAGUUUCAUGUGUCUUGAGUGCCCCCUUUUUUCUGCAGUUUAAGCACAAAUGGGUUGGAGGAUGAGCCGGCUUCUGGAAAGAAUUUGACCAAGGCAAAGGGGUUCCGUGCCCAGUUGUAUCUGUGCCGGGAUCGGAUGCCGGAGAUACACAAGUAGUGAGGUCAGAUCGUACGCUGUUACGGGAAGGGCCCGUUCGUUAUCAUGGCAUUUAAUAGACAGAUCUGUUCUACUUUAGAAGGCCAGCUUCCCUCCUCUCCUCCCCUUCACUGACUUAGAAAGUUGAUGGUGGUAACGUUUGCAGGAGUCCUUUCUCUGGUGAUAUUUUUAUGAUCCUCUUGUUUUCGAACUGGGCAAUAGGCUUGUUCAGCAGGAGAGAGGUUUGCUUCCUGUGCCCAACUUGGCUCCAUGAGCUGCUGCGCCUCUUCUUAGCAAGCAAGACAGGCAGGAGUGAUGGCAGCGGCUGCUGUUGUGAGUGAAGUCGACCUUUGCAGCCUCUUCAAGGGGAGACAUGCGGCAGUCAGAUCCCUUGAAAACCGGGCAAGUUCCUGAGUUCUCAACCAAGAUUUCUUGGGGGAGCCACUGUUAACUUAAGCGGUGGGGGGGCGGGGGGGAGGUUUUUGUAUCACAUCUCCACCAUCCGGGCUCUUCCUUGCAAGUCUAUGUCUAUUUCACCACGGGACAAGUUGCUUUGAAUUUAACCCUCUUUCCUGGUCGCUUGGUAAGCCUGGACCAAAUGUCUUGCAUUGAUGUCUGCUGAGAUUCAGGACAUUUUGAUUGGAGUUCUUUUUUUUCCGAGUCACUUGGAAAAACAGCCAAACAGCAGCUUGAGACCUUGAAGUGGACAUUUUGACGGUGGUUUAUUUUAAAAGGGGCUGAUCUUGAACAUGGUGCGGUGUGGGGGCAGGGAAGGGUUUUUCCGUUCAGUUCGUACCCACCCUUAAAAGAGACGGGUUAAGGCCGCCUCUGUGGGAUUGGAAAAGGUGAAGAACUGGGAAUGCUUUGACCUGCCAUGCUGCUGCCCCUCAUGGCAUUUUAAAAUUACUUUACCAUGGUGCAGGCAUCCACAGAUCCGACCCACGGAAGCCAUCGCAUGUGGUUUGACCGUCGAUGUCAGGCAAGUGACCCAUCUCAAGUAGGAGUGGGGCGGAGCGGGGCAUGUGAGUUUCCCUAGACCUCUAUAGUACAGGUCUUCCCGAGUCUGCCGCCACUGUGGGUCUUUGUGCAUCCCUCUACAUCAUUGUGUUGUGUGUCCACGUACUCUCGUUUUUCUUUUCCAGACUGUAGCACUGUAAUCUGUGUAUAAAGGUUCACCAGCUGCCGCCGACUUUGUCUGGUGACGCUACCAACUCCCGUCUGCCGGGUUGCCUUGGCUCAAGAGCCAAACUAGAGAGCUUGCCCUGGGAGGUGUUUUUCCUAGGCCUCAGCCCAGAAGAGAAAGCGAACCCUUUUUUCGGGCCCGGCCUCGCUCUUGGGCGGAACAUGGUGGAUGGUAAACGGAACCAGCUGUCGCUUGAGCAGAAUGACGGACGCUUGUCUUAGACACUACAGGAUUUAUGCCUUAAUUUAAGCCAUUUUAUAAAUACUGUAUAUGAAACUUUCAUUUUACAAAAACAGGUUAAACAAUAAACUUGACCAAAAAAAGACACAGGUUACUCAGACUGUGAGGCCAGAAUGUGGUUUUGAAA